AUGGCGGAGGAUUACACGACGUCCACGGCUUUGCUUGAAGCGCUUGAACUGGCGGGAGUCUCACACCUGUUCUUGAACGUGGGGAGCGAUCAUCCAGCAAUUCUUGAGGCUAUAUCGAAGCAACAUGCCGAAGGCAAGCCGAAGAAGAUACGAUUCAUCACUGCGCCGCACGAGUUUGUCGGACUCUCAGCGGCACAAGGAUUUUUCCAGGCCAGUGGAAAGAUGCAAGCUAUUUUAGUGCAUGUCGAUGCGGGAACGCUUUCCAUGGGAGGAGCUAUUCACAACGUGUCCCGGGCACGGAUACCUGUUCUCAUGUUAGCAGGAACGUCUCCUAUUACGGAUGAAGGCGAGGCGGUAGGAAGUCGAAAUGAGUUCAUCCAUUCGAUACAAGACACCAUCGACCAGAGAGGCAUCACCCGUGGAUAUACCGUCUACGAGAACGAGAUAAGAACUGGCAAGAACGUGAAGCAGCUCAUCCUCCGGGCGAGUCAAUUGGCUCAGAGCGAGCCACCGGGCGCUGCGUAUUUGAUGGCGUCUCGCGAAUGUCUGGAAGAGAGGAUCAGCCCCUACGAUAUUGACGCUACCAAGUGGAAACCCAUCGCGCCGUCGGCAUUAUCGCCGGCCAGUCUUGAAACAAUCGGAGAAGCGUUACUCAACGCCUCCCGUCCAGUUGCCGUCACGACCUAUCUCGGAAGAGACCCUCAUGCGGUGACGAGCUUUGUGAAACUGGCUGAAUCUUUAGGAAUCGCCGUCCUGGAAGCCUUACCAAGCCAUUUGAACUUCCCCCACGACCAUCCUCUGUACCUGGGGAAUCAUUGGAGUGGACCGCCGGAUUCUGUGCUGCACGAUGCAGACGUGGUUCUUGUCAUUGAUUGUGACGUGCCAUGGAUCAAAACCCAGUUCAAACCCCCCACCAAUGCUCGUGUUUAUCAUAUCGACGUCGAUCCGCUUAAAGUCCAAAUGUCUCUAUUCCACAUUGAUACGGACCUCGCAUGUCAAGCCAACUCACGGACUGCCGUCGAACAACUCUACCAUUAUGUUUCAAGUCAUCCCACAGUCACGGACCGUGAAGACAAGGUCCGGUCGCGGGUGCAGGACUUGGAAAAAAGGCACCGGGAGUAUGCUACGAACUUCGCGUCUCUGGAAGGCGUGCCCGAGAAAGACCACAUUCUAACGCCUCAUUACGUCCUAUCACGAUUGAGAAGCUACCUCGACGAAGAAACCAUCAUCCUGAACGAAGGAAUUUCAAACUAUAGACCGGUGGCAGAUGUGCUCAAGCUAUCCAAGCCGGGCUCGUACUUCACGUCUGGGGCGACGGCGCUGGGUUGGCACGGAGGCGCUGCGAUCGGUGCUAAGCUUGCGCAACCAACGAAGACCGUCGUUGCUAUCACGGGGGAUGGGACCUUUUUGUUUUCCAUCCCGUCCACGGUCCAUUGGAUGGCACGAAGAUAUGAUGCGCCUUUCCUUACGUUAAUCCUGAACAACAAGGGCUGGAAGAGCCCCAUGUUGAGCGCUAUUGCAGUGCAUAAAAACGGUUACUCCAGCAAGGUGCAAAGUGAUGACCUGCACGUUACCUUUGAUCCUCCAAGUGAUUAUGCUCAAAUUGCCGUGGCCGCGGGUGCAGGAUAUGGUGCUACCGUCAAGAGCACAUCCGAACUGGACGAUGUGCUGGAGAAAGGUCUGAAGACUGUUCGUGAAGGACGUGCGGCUGUUAUUGAUGUGUGGUUACCUAAGUUCCGGGUUGGAGACCCCGUCGGAUGA